CAAAGCGAGAAAUGAGGGCACAAUUCAUUGUUAACAGCUGUACGUAUGAGGACAAUGGAGUGGUGUGUGGUGUCAUUAAAUGUGGAUAUGCCAGGAAGAAAAACAUUUGGCCUCGAAGAGUAGAAAGUCUGUUUUGGGUGAGGUGAAGCCCCCUGCAAGGGCUUGACGUUUGAGGUCAAUCCUUGUUGCUGCUGUUGUGGUAGUUGUGAGUUGAAGAGGGACGGUUGUGUUUUCUAAUCAGUACACUUCCCAUAUGAAGCACGUGAAGUCGGUGUUAGUGGUGGAUGGUCCGUUUUAGCGCCACCAAUUUCGAUUGGAGAUGAGUGCCCUCGACGGGAAUAAUAACAUUCUAAGGGCUCGUGAUCCUCAGAUUGCAUCUUGCUUCUGGUGUCUGGAGGCCAAUCCCUCUCUGAUGAUGUGCCUCAAAUGUGGAGAGGAAAUUUAUUUCUGCUCCCCGGAUCAUCUUAAAUAUCAUUUAUCGCCGGAUGACGGCCAAGAUGGGCCAUGUCUGCCAUUCCAAAUUGACUAUGCACCUCCAGUGGGUCGUUUUAUGACAGCCACCAAGGAUAUUGAGCCGGGGGGUCUGAUAUUUCAGGAGCUGCCACUCGUGGUAGGCCCGACCAGUCAGAUCGAAGGCCUUGUUUGCGUGGAAUGUUUCUGCAGAUGCGAUGGUAGCGUUCGAUGUGUCCACUGUAACUUCCCAUUAUGCUCCAUCAUAUGUCCCCGUCAAAGACCGCAAAGAUGGCAUCAAACCCUGGAAUGUCCAGUGCUUCAAGGACAAGGCUUUCGUGCUCCGGAUCCCACGUUCAGCGGGAUUGAUGAGAAAUCGAAGACCAAGGACGAUAUGAACGGCACCCUGCGUCUGCUGACGGCCUCGCUUCUGCCACUUCGUCUCAUUUUACUCGAGGAACUCGAGAACUCGAAAUCAACUUCGAGCAUGCUCGUCUCUCCGAUGGGUCCAUUGCCUGCUUCUUCUUCUGCUUCUACGUCUCCACGUCGUGGUCCUUUUACAUUCCAUGGAGACGCUAAAGAUGAAUUGGUUCCUCCAAGGCGAGCCAGUAACGGCUAUGAAAAUGGAAAUGAAAGUGGCUCGUUGUCGCCCGUGGUUGAUCAAGCAAAGCCUUCCAUCUUGUUAGACUUGCACGAGCGAAUGACGCGGGUCAUUCAAGAGGAAUUCAAACUGGGGUACAAUGAGGUGGAAAUUUGGAACUGUGUCGGCAAAAUGCUCACCAAUGCAAAGUCCUUGGAAGGAGCUGGAUUCGGAUCGGGAUCAGGCUUGUUCGAGCGCUAUGCCAUGAUUAACCAUUCAUGCAUACCAAACACCAAGUGCACCAUAAACCCGAAGAAUUAUUGUCUUGAGCUAAGGGCGCGCACAUUCAUUCAUAAAGGAACGGAAAUCACCACCCGAUAUGUGUCUUUCAACAUUGGUCUGCCUGACAAACAAGUGGCCUUGGAGGGUCGCUGGCACUUUCAAUGCAUAUGUGUACGAUGCCAAGAUCCGACGGAAUUGAACUCUUUUGUCAGUGCCCUUAGAUGUGAACCCUCUCUGAAAUGUGGCUCGUCAAACGGGCCUCCUCACUGUGACAGUUACUUGGUUCCAAUGGACCUGGGAUCGUUCUGGUCAUGCUUGAGCUGCCAGAAGGUGCUUGCCAGGAAAAAGAUCAUUAAGCGUCUUGGAAAUCAUUCCAAAAUAAUUGGACAAACAAUGCAGCAAUCCACGCGGCCCAAGUAUCUGAUCUCGCUGUUGGACGAACUUUGCUCGGAUCUUCACCCCAACCACUACCUUAUCCUAGAGGUAAGGUAUUUACUCAUGCUCUCACUAGCCAAAGAGGACUCGUCUCGGGCCAAUUGCUCCACUUUGGUUGAGAUCACGCAGGAUCUUUUAGCAAUCACGUCGAUUUUGGACCCGGGUCCAACUAAAACCCGAGGUAUCAUCCUUAAGCACCUAAUCCCGGCUUGGCGACGAUUGGCGCAAAUGGAAUUGGACAUGAAGCUCAUUCCCGACGAGACCUUUCGCCAAAGAAAGGAAAUGAGCCAUAAAUUUGCCAAAGAUUUGAUUUCGUGUUACAAGUGAAGCCCUGAGGCCCCUGAGGUACUGUAUGUAGGGCUGACAUGAAUUUUACAGCCCAUGAUUCCCUCGCCUCAUUUCCCUGAAUGAUGCCAUGGAGGUUGGAAUUGGACCGGGAUUCAUUACCAUGACCAACUUAAUGCCCUAUCUACGCACCAAGAGCCAUUUCAAUACACCAGGGUGCCAAAAUCAAGACUGAACACCAGAAAAGUCAGUAGUAACGUUUAUACAUGAGACGAUUUUAUUUUUGCUCAAACAACAGUCUGUUGUACUCCUCAACAUUUGUUCACACUUCGAAUUAUCAGCCCUCCACGAUAUGGGAACGCAGGGUCUCUCUCCAUCUUCUUUGCAUAAUACUGUACUAUGUAUUACUCGGAUUAAAUGAGAUUGAAAAUGGC